AUGGCGACGAUCCUGGGACCGCAAGUGCCCGGCUCGGCGUUCCAGUCUCCGCCCUACGCUUACCACGGCCAGAUCAACGCCUCCGGCUACCUCCCAGAGCCCUACCCCGCCCCACCCCACACCUACCCGCCACCCCAGCGCUGGCUGCCCAACUACCCCCAUCCCCCCACCCCCUACGCGGCGCCCCACCUUUCGGGGCUCCAGCAUCGCCUCCCCGUGCCCUACUACCACACCCAGGUGUUCCCUCCCACCCCCUCGUCCGCCCCGUACUACCCGGGUCACCAGGUCCUGCCAUUCUCCCUGCAUUACCCGCACUGGCCAUUUCAGGGCAGCAGCCCCAGCCCUGAUGGGCACAGGGGCGGGACAUGUUUCAAUAAGCCGCGCAGCCCGGAUGGCGCGCCCGCGAGGCGCCGCGUGUCCAGGCGCACGAAGUCGGACAUGUCUCGCGGUGGCUGGGGAUCGAGGGGAGGUGCCCAGAGGGCGGAUGGGCGUGAUGCGAUCGGAGGGCUGGCGGGCGACGGGCACCACAGGAGGAACAGCUGGGACAGCGGCGGGGAUGGCCGGAGGAGUAGAAACGGGUCGAGGAACGGCGGCAGGGGAUGCGGGACGCGGUCGCCAUGUAACACAAGGAAUGGAGACGGAAGGCUGCAGCGAACCAACAGGCAGCACUCGAAACAGCAGACCAGCAUAAGGGGGGGCGUGACCACGCCCGCCCUCCCCUUCACCUCCAAGCGCCCCUCCGAGCCCCGCCUGAGGCGCAGCGUGACGCCCGAUGAGGACAUCACCUGCUCCAAGGCACUGAGCGCCUACAGCGAGGUGGCGGACGGUGCCCUGGAACUUCGCCCGGCCAGGGGGGCACUGGGCAGGGGGAGGGCCGGGAGGGCAGUAGCGCAGCCGCACUGCUUGAGGAUGGCCCUAGCAUCAGCGCAGGGUGGGUUGGACAAGGGAUACAUGCCAGAGCUGACGGGGAACGGGACCGGUGGAGCCUACUUCAUCCGCGCCAAGACAGGGGACCCCAUCGCGGUGUUCAAGCCAAGAGACGAGGAGCCACGCGCCUCGAAUAACCCGCGUGGCCUGGCGGCCGCCGCGGAGGCCGGGAAGGGGCUCAAGAAGGGGGUCAGGCCAGGGGAGGGGGCGGGCCGGGAGGUGGCGGCGUACCUGUUGGACCACGGCCACUUCGCGGGCGUGCCGCCCACGCAGCUGGUGGUCUGCAGGUCCAAGAAUAAAGUGACGCAGGAGUCUCGGCUGGGCAAGACUGGGGAAGGGGGCAUCAGCAAGGUGGGCAGUCUCCAGAAGUUCAUCCUUUCAGAUGCGGACUGUGAGGAGAUGGGGCCGGCAGCAUUUUCCAAGUCCCAGGUGCACAAGAUCUGUGUGCUCGACAUGCGACUGGCCAACGCCGACCGGAACGGGUCCAACAUCUUGGCCUGCCGGAUGGAGGACGGCUGGGAGCUCACGCCCAUCGACCACGGGUACUGCCUGCCUGACACCCUCGAGGACCUGUGCUUCGAGUGGAAGUACUGGAAGCAGGCAAAGGAGCCGUUUGACGAAGCUGCACUCAAGUACAUUGCCAAGUUGGACGCCAAGGAGGAUAUCCGCACCCUGGAGCAGCAUGGGAUCAGCCUGAGGGAGGGGUGCAGGAGGGUGUUCAGGACGUGCAACUCUCUGCUGAAAAAGGCGGCCGCGCGCGGGCUCAAUCCGCACGAGAUCGCCAGCAUCAUGUGCAGGGAGGCCUUUGAGCCGUCGCCACUUGAGAGGCUGUUCAACGCAGCCCUGGGGAGCUUCAAGGGUGAGGCCGUCGAUGAGGAUGUGCUGAUUUCUGCCGUGGACAAGCGGAUCGACAGGUACCUGGAUGGGCUUGACCGCAGAAGGAGGAGGUGA